AUGUACACCACUUCCCUUCUCGCCGCGCUGCUAACGGCCCCCCUCGCCCUGGCGGCUCCUUCCCUCUACCAACACAUCUCCCUCCGCGCCCCAUCAGACAAAGUCAAAUGCCCCAUCGUCAUUGACGGCCGCGUCCCCACCAACCUCUCCAGAACGCCCACCGUCUUCGAUACCUCCAACGCGCUCUUCAACCCCGAUUACGUCAAAGGCAACAACCUCACCUGGUCGCAGAUCCUAAAGUUCCCCGCCACCGAGAGCUCCCGCUUCGACGGCGCAGACCACGCAGCUGUCGAGGUAACCAUCUCAGACCUGUCCAUCUUCCAGAAGCAGGUCGGUUUCCGCCGCGCCGGGUUGCAAUUUGCGUCCGAUUCGCCCCAGGACCCGAGCGACGAAGGUGUCAAGACGCUGCACUUCAGCGUCAAGCAGGAUCCUGCGCGGCCGCUGAACUUGACACACGAGUAUCUGAAUGUGUGGCACGAAACAGCAGACUACAGCAACAACCAGAUUCAGUUCAACGUCGGCACUUUGAUCGACCAGCCUAGCAGCAAGAUAAACAACUUCAAGAUUUUGGAUCGGGCGGGGAAGCAGAUUUGGGGUAUCCCAAUUGAUUACAAGAAGUGGCAGAACUUCGCUAUCAAGUUGGACUAUACCAAGAACCAAACAACAAUCUACUACUCCACCGGCUCCGCCAAACUCGCCCGCGUCGUUGGCCCCUCGAGUGUCAACCUUGCCGGCGGCGGCCAGUUCCAGAUCGGUGUCUUGAAAAAGCCUACUGGUACUUCUGAUGUCGUGAACGCGGGGUACCAGUCGCCGAACCUGAAUGAGGGACAGAUCUAUGGUGGGCUGUUUGUUGAGGAUUCGGCUAAUGGCUGUGUGUCGCUUUGAGCGUGUUUUGGAUUAUGGGUUUCUUUCCGAUGUCUAUGACUUGGUGGUUUGGUGGGUGUGAGUGAGUGUAUACAGCAC